ACGAAGGUCCAAAGUCCCAAGUCCAAGUCCAAAGCCCAAGUCCAAAGUCCAAGUCCAAGCCCAAGCCCAAGCCCAAGCCCAAGCCCGGGCCCAAAGCAAAGCACAGCACGAACUCCAUCAUACACAUGGAGGAACACCUCUCUCAUCAUGGCCGAUCCACUACGUCGCCGCAUUCCACGCCUGGACUCCAACUGGCAGCGUCGUAACUCCACGCUUUCUGACUCCAUCUCCGAAGCCCGCAACUCUAUCCGCUCGUCCACCGAUGGCAUCUUCCUUCCCCGCGUAGUCAAGGGGGGGACCCUGCGACCGAGGAGUCGCAUUGGCACUCGGCACCACUGGGCCUGGCGUUGCUGCCGGCCAUCGCGGGCGUUUUCUUUCAGAAUGGCAGUGUCGUUGGACUGGUAUCGCUCGGCCCAGGCCAUCCAGUGUGACGCGGGAUUCGAGGCCCCCGCCGAUCACAUCGAAACGGACCUUAAUGAGGCCGAUGAGACCGUCGAGGCUGUUGAUAGCCAAGACGGCCCCCAGUCGGCUCAAAACAGCCCUCAGAGCCAGCACCUGCGUGCCUCGGCUGAGGCUAAAGCAGUCAAGGAACUCCAGAUCCACGAAUUGGCUGCCCUCGCCGCAUGCUUCAUCUUUCCUCUUAUUGGCACUUGGCUACUCCACGGCAUUCGAGGCAGUCUCUCUCGGCCAUCAGAAGGCCUCGUCUCGAACUACAACCUCACCAUCUUCCUCCUAGCAUCCGAGGUCCGCCCCGUCGCCCACCUUCUAAAACUUGUACAAGCACGCACGCUCCAUCUCCAGCGCGUCGUAGCAUCUUCCGACAAUGAAGUCGAUUCUGAAAAGGUCCGGGACCUCACUACCCGUCUCGAAGAGCUAGAAGCCCACGUCGCUGAGGCGGCCGCCGCCCGUCUCGAAUCGAACUCCAAAGGUCACUCCCAGGAGACAGAUGCCCCAUCUCUCAUUACGCAGGCAGCUGUCGAAACUCGCCGAGCAGUACAACCAGACAUCGAAGCUCUCAAUCGCGCCGUCCGCCGCUACGAGAAACGCACAGCUCUCACGAACCACCAGGCUGAUAUGCGCUUCCAAGAAUUGGAAGUUCAAAUCCACGACGCCAUCACCCUAGCCGCCGCUGCACAGCGCUCGAGUAUUUCUCGUCGCCAGAGCUACGCUUUCACCCUCAUCGACUGGGCCUGCGCCUGCAUCGUUGUCCCUGCGAAACUCUUUCUCUCUAUCUUGAACCUCCCAGGCCGAGCUGCAAAUCGCUGUCUACUAACAGUACAACAAAUGAUGGGCCGUCGCCGUCCAUCCCAGCCACGCCCCAGACCGAGCAAAGGAAAGACUGCGUCAAGUCGUCGAACACACUCACCUCCACUACCUCGUGCCCCGGGUGUUUCACCACUUGUGCAACAUAUUUCCAGUUCCCCAAACAGAAAAGGCCGCAAGCCUUGA